ACCUCUCCGACAGUGAUGUAUGAUGUGGAACAGCCCCAGUUCAGGGUUUUCCCUUUUCCGCAGCCGGGAAAGGAUCAUGCCGGAGGAAGCCCUUGAGGACCAGCGCCUGGCCCUGUUGCAAAACCAGAUAAACUUCCAGGCAGGCUGCUUCUUUGCAGUGAGCUGGGAAGGAAAGGCUGUCACGCCGGGUCUCGGCUUCUGCAGUGGCGGCAGGCUCUGGAUUUCCCAAUGGACGCCCCCUUGGUGCCCGGCCGCAAGCGGGCCUCCUCGGCGGCCAACCUCCUUGCCAAAGCAUUGUACCCAGCGCAGCUUGUCAUGCUAAUCAGGCAGGGGUGGGCCGCUUGCACCGCCCUGGGGGCCCAGUGCCGCACCGGAGGCUGCAGGCCCAAGAGCUGCAGCAGAGGUGCGACUUCGGCAUUGCUGGCAAGCCUGUGUGUGAGUGAGCAAAUGAGAGUGAAUUGCUUGGCCUACGAUGAAGCCAUAAUGGCUCAGCAGGAUAGAAUUCAGCAGGAGAUUGCUGUCCAGAACCCCUUAGUCUCCGAAAAGAUGGAAUUGUCAGUCCUGUACAAAGAAUAUGCUGACGAUGACCAUGUAUAUCAACAGAAGAUCAAGGAUCUUCUGAAGAAGUAUUCGUACAUCCGGAAGACGAGGCCAGAUGGAAACUGUUUCUACCGGGCGUUUGGCUUUUCCCAUUUGGAGGCGCUUUUGGAGGACGGGAAAGAGCUGCAACGCUUCAAAGAAGUGGCCGCCAAAAGCAAGGAAGUGUUGGUGUCGCAGGGCUUCACAGAGUUCACCAUUGAGGACUUCCACAACACGUUUAUGGAUCUGAUAGAACAAGUGGAGAAGCAGACCACGGUCUCGGAGCUGCUGGGCUCCUUCAACGACCAGAGCACCUCGGAUUACCUUGUGGUCUACCUGCGGCUGCUCACCUCGGGGUACCUGCAGCGGGAGAACAAGUUUUUCGAGCACUUCAUUGAAGGAGGACGCAGCAUAAAGGAGUUUUGCCAACAGGAGGUGGAGCCCAUGUGCAAGGAGAGCGACCACAUCCACAUCAUUGCGCUGGCCCAGGCCCUCAACGUCUCCAUCCUGGUGGAGUACAUGGACCGGGGCGAGGGCGGCACCACCAACCCCCACGUCUUCCCCGAGGGCUCUGAGCCCAAAGUGUAUCUACUGUACAGACCGGGACACUAUGACAUCCUAUAUAAAUAGCGGGCGGGGGCACCGCCUGGCGAAGGAGCCAAGCCCCCUCCCCACCUCCGUUCUCUGGCGCAUUCUGUCUCGCUCCACGUCGCCCCACCUACCUUCCUUCCUUCCUUCCCGCCGGGCAGCGUUCGUCUGUGGUUGUAAAUGGUGAUCGCUCUUACUGACAUCUCGCCGCUCACUUGGUUGGUUAUUAUUAUUAUUUUUUUCUCUCCCUCUCCUUUUGUUGUUACACUUACACUCUCUUCCGUGUUUUAUUAAAGGGGAUGCCGGUGAAACAAA